AUCGGGACCAAACCCCUGGAUUCGUGAGACCAUAUGGCUAUUCUCUCUACUCAGACCCUCAUAGCGUCCUCAACGGCCGUCAUAGCCAUCGCCGUCGCUCUAUCAGUGCUACCAGGCUGGUUUUCUGCCAAGCUGCUCUGGUUCUACUCCGAAACCCGCUGCUACGUCUCCGUUACCACCUUGUCCGCCUUGAACAAUGCCACGGCAGAGUGCAUAACUUUCAAUCCUGCUGGAAUAGUCACGGCUGUCUUCGAUGACCUCAUUUCGUAUCCCAUCUACAAGGCCGGUACCCGGUACGGGUAUGCGUAUCCUGGCCUUUGGGAUGGCCAUGGACAUCUGCUUCAGUACGGAGAGAUGCUGCAAUCUGUGAAUCUUUUUGGCUCCCAGUCUAUGGAUGACGUCUUGGGAAAGAUUUCGCUCUAUUUGGAUCAGAAUCCGCAAGUUGGUACGAGUACGGAGUGGCUGAGAGGCAUUGGGUGGGAUCAAGCAGCAUUUGGGGGUAAGAUGCCAACGAGUUCGGAACUCGAAGACGACGACAGCAUAAAGGGCAAGUAUAUCAUGCUUGACCGAGUAGAUGUUCACUGCGUCUGGGUUUCUCAAGCCGUGCUAAAUCUCCUCCCCGACCCAUUGCCAGAAACACCCGGAGGCGAAGUAAUCACAACACCAGGGCCGGGAGUCUUCUGCGAUAACGCAAUGGACCUCGUCCUAAAGUACUUCCCGAAACCUAGCAAGGUCCAGAAGACCAAAUAUAUCAAGAAUGCAAUGAAAGACUUGAACAGCCUAGGAAUAGUUGGGAUCCAUGACGCUGGAGUAGCUCCGGCAGAUAUUAAGUUGUACGAAGAGUUAGUGGAGGACAAGGACUGGAGUGUCAGAGUAUAUGCCAUGCUUGAGUGCGAGAAGAGAAAUACUGUCUGCUUCGACGACGCGUUUAAAGUGACACGCGAUGAUGGCCUCCUCGACGUUCGAAGCGUUAAGCUAUUCGCCGAUGGAGCACUAGGCAGCUGGGGCAGUGCCAUGAUCACCCCAUAUACCGACCAUACCAAUUCCUCCGGCUCUCUCCUCGUCAACGCCUCAACUCUCACCGACCUCACUACAGCGUGGGCAACCGCUGGCUACCAAAUUAAUAUACACGCCAUCGGUGACCUCGCCAACCGCCUAGCCAUUGACGCUAUGAGUGCUGCCUUCGACGUCCUAUGUCCAGACGCUCCUCGCCACGAUUGCCAGGCCCUUCACCGUUUCCGCAUCGAGCAUGCCCAGAUCAUUCACCCAGAUGACCAGAAGCGUAUGUUCGAGCUGGGAAUCAUUCCGUCUAUUCAACCCACGCACGCGACGUCAGAUAUGGUGUACGCAGAAACGCGAUUGGGACCGCAGCGAACGGAAGAAGAGGCGUAUCGCAUGCGCUCUCUCCUCCCGGUCAAUCCCGUCUUAGGCAGCGAUUUCCCCGUUGAGCCGGCCAAUAUCUUCCAAGGGAUAUUUGCUGCCGUCACGAGACGAAGCCCUCACACGGGUCUGGGUGCUGAUGGAGGCGAGAAGGGCUGGUAUGCAGACGAAACGCUGACGCUGGAAGACGCGCUGAAAGGAUUCACGCUCGGCCCGGCUAAUGCGGCUUUUCUAGAAGGCAAGGCAGGUGCCAUUGAGGUUGGUGGGUUCGCAGAUUGGAUUGUGCUCGAUGAGCCGUUGGACGAGAUGGAUAUCGAUGAGUUGAGGUCGGUCAAGGUUCGGGAGACCUGGGUGGGUGGAAAGCGGGUCUAUCGGAGGUAUGACAAGUCGGUGGGCUAUUAGAUGAGAAGAAGCGAUUGUCUGUGCGUACAUACUAGAAGAGCGAUGCAUGGGUAUGGAGUUGUUAGAGAUUGAUACGCUCGAGGAGACUGAACACGAGGUCUAGUUGUGCGCCUCGUACAGCUCCCACAGUGAAAGCUAGACCGGUGAAUAGAAGUAAAUAGAACUCACUACCGUAAAGCUAUGUUGAUAGCUCCUUUGUCAUUUUCGAAGAGUCUACUCGACUCAUCGUCAAGUCUAAC